AGGCUUGAGCAAGAUUAUCUCUGGUUCGAGAGACUCCGGACUCCUUCAAUCGCAUUCGAAGUACCUCUGGAGGGCGGGUGCAUAGGUAUUAAAAUGCGCAUCCGGGAUAUCCUCGAUAUACCAAUGUUUAUGAUGCUCGCAGGUUUUGUAAUGAAACCAGGAAAAUGGGAUGACGACGCCACCGACUUCUGCCUCUCUGGAGUGUUCGACACCCAGUCCAUGCGAAGCAGCUGCAUUCUGCGCAUGCUUACAAAGGACGAUCUGAAGAGAUUCAAGGAAAGGCUGGCUGACGUCAAACUGUGUGCAUGGUAUCCUCUUUUCCUACCAGCCAUCUUGAUCGAAAUGCGAAUCCAAUCACUUCCGGCUGUCGUGAAGCGUAUCAGACUCUACUUGCGUAAGAUCGGGAAAGCGACCGGGACGCACAAGAACUAUCUCCGAAGACUUGGCCUCACGAAUUCGAAGGGCCGAAAUCUACGAGAGGUUUGGGCUGAUCCGGAUUUCGAAACUGCGCCUGCGGAACUUACGUCGAUUGCAUCGGAUGCUAGCUAUUGGGAAUAUGCCUGCAAGUCCGAGCUCAACCUGCUGAGAUGGGUUGACAAUAUGCAUCGGCGAGUUCUUGAGAUGAGUGGCAUGCGCUCGGACGACCCGGCUCAUAGAAUGCUGCAGACCAAGAUGGAAUUCAUGGAAAUGUGGAUAACUAAGGUGAGGGAAAAAAGCUGCCACUUCGGGAAACAAGUCGAGGGGCAGGUACAGACGUGUCUAAGCUUGAUGGCCCAGCGCGAGAAUGCUCUGAACAAGCACGCCACCAGAGCAUCUCUGAACGUCAGCUAUUACAGCAAGAUGGACAGCGAAGACAUGCGUACCAUAGCCGCAGUCACGCUUUUCUUCCUUCCUGGUACUUUCGUUGCUUCGCUAUUCAGCACCGGGUUUUUUGGCUUUCACAAAGAUGGCCAGCGCGUCUCCUCUUGGAUAUGGCUUUAUUGGAUCAUUACAGUCAUAUCGACCAUCUCUGUGUACUUCGGCUGGUACGCGUAUGUCCGGCAAAGGCAUCACACAUCCGAUCAGGAGAGAAGGGCUCAACAAGAUGCGGUUGCUUUGGGUAUUACAGAGGUCUGUAAGUAGGACGGUUAUGACUUGAAAGCCUUGGGUCUGAAAGAAAGCUAGCACAGACCCUGAUCCCGCAUCCAUUCGUCGUAAUUUGAGAAUCUUGUCAUGACAUGGCGCGAUGUGAAAAUCGUAAGCUGGGCGGUUAGACCAUCGUCUAGACGUUCGUAU